UCCACUCAUCCCCUCCACUCUUAUCCUCCACCCCCUCAAACUCAAAUCAUCUCAACCUCUCUCUCUCUCUCCCCCUCUCUGUACUUCAAUGGCAGCAGCUACAUCAAGUGAAUUGUCAACCCAGCUCCUACUCAUCAAGCAGUACCUUCUCGGCGAGCCCUCUCCUGUCGGCGGAGCCGCCUUCUCCUCCGACUUCCUGAUGACCUCCGACCCUUUGAGCUUCAGUGAAGACUUCGACUCCACCGCUGAUCUCUUAUUCGGAUUCAAUGCCAAACCUCACGCUAUUGCCAUGACGGCCCCGAAAGCAUCCGAAUCGAGCUCCCCGUCGAGCUCUGGAUCGAACUCUUCCUUCGAGUUCGAUUCCAAAACUCUGCGUUCGGACUCCACCUCCCGACCGAAGAAGCCGUCGCUGAAGAUCUCGCUGCCGAGCAAGGUCGAGUGGCUGCACUUCGGGGAGCCGGACAGAGCUGUUGCGGUUCAGGAUCACUUGGAGGAUCGGAGACCGCACUACAGAGGCGUCAGGCAGCGGCCUUGGGGCAAGUUCGCCGCUGAGAUCCGCGACCCCAACCGGAAAGGCUCCCGGGUGUGGCUCGGCACCUAUGACACUGCUAUCGAAGCCGCCAGAGCCUAUGACCGUGCCGCCUUCAAGCUGCGUGGCUCCAAGGCCAUCCUUAACUUCCCUCUGGAAGCCGGCAAGUCCGAGCCGGUGGCAGCCCACUGCGGUGGCGCGAAACGACGCCGUGAGGCGGGAGAUCGGAACGGCCGAGCGGAGGCUGAACUAAUAACGACGAAGAAAAAUAAAAUCGAGUUAUCGCAAACGGACGUGAUUAAUCAAUUUCGGGACGCUCCGCUGACGCCGUCGUGCUGGACGGCUGUUUGGGACAGUGAUACGAACGGUGUCUUCAAUGUCCCACCCUUGUCGCCGUUAUCUCCCCACCCGCCGUUAGGCUUCCCGCAACUAACGGUUAUAUGAGGAGCCUUUUUUUUCUUUUUUUUUUGGGGGUUAUAGUUAUUUAUUUGAGGAGAUUCAAUAAGAAAUUAGGAAACAACAAUCUUGUGCAUAUACUUCCCUUAAACUAAUAUAAGAUGAAAAAACAUGUCUUCAAUGUA